GCCGUCGUACAUACGCCGGGCACACGAGUGAUGAGCGGUUCGCGGCUUGGUAGAGGCCGAGGUGGCCGCCUGGCUUUGUACGGGGGCUGCGCAGUGGCGGUUAUCUUGACGAUGAUCGUGUACCGCAACACCAUCUCAGAGAUGACCAGGCUUCAAGAAAUGCAAGUACAAUGCCUUCAUCAGCAAGAAUCUCUCGCUGCCCAACUACAAGUAAUAUUUGAGUACAAAGUACGACUGGAGAAAUCCCUGGCCGAAGAGAAGAGCUCGAACGCCGCGGUGAAACAAGAGCUACAGCAACGCGCGUCACGAGAGAAAUCCCUGCGUGACAAGGACAGCAUAGAAGCGAUGCAGAGGUUUAAUUCGCUUCAGCAGACCUAUAAGCUCUUGCAGACCGAGCAUCAGGACUUGCAGGAGGAAUGUAAGAAGCGCGAGAAGCAGACGCUGGACGAAACUAAUAGGCUGGAAUCAACGCUGCAGGACUUGCGCGCUCGUAUUCGGCAAGCUCAAGAGGACAAGUUCAAGGCUCUGGAAAACUUGAAGACUAAGUACCUAGAAAUAAUUGACGAGAAGACUAGCCUGCAACAAAAGUACAACGAUCUGAUAAAAAAUAGAGACAAUACCGGUAGUACCGUCGAUCAUCUCAGAAAGGAGAUCUUCCAGCUUAGACGCGAAUUAGAGAGCGCUAAGAAUUUUUAUGCUAGAAGUACUCCUCCUAGUUCAGUGUUAGUGACUCCUCGAGCGUCAGUGUCGCAAUCGGCGCUACCGAAGGAAGACUCACAACCGAUCCCGGCACCGCAACAGCAACAGCAACAACAGGUAAGUGCGCCACGGCCACCAUACGUGUCUUAUGACCGUCGCACUGUCGGAAGAACGACUCCGUCGGUGGAAAAGAUGAAUCGAAACGACGACGCCAACGAGCCAGCCAACAGUAUUAGAUUCGUUCAGAAGAAUGGCAACAUCGUCCCAGCUGGUCCUAACGAAGUGAAAGAGAUCGGCGAACAGCGCGAACCCUCAGCUAACGAUCUAGAGCAAAAGCAACAGAAAGAAGUUGUCAAACGUCCGAAUGUUAUAAACGAAGAGAAGAAUGACUUCGAUGAAGAAGAAAGAAAACAGAUGGUGAGUUCACGAAAAGCGGAGAACACUACUGUAGCGAACAACGCCAAUCUGAUAUCACCAUCUCUCAUUGACAAGCCCGCGCCGUUACCGGCCAGACUGCUGUCGAAGGUCAAGGUGCCGCUUGGUGUAUUGCCAAUACCGGAAAUCAUUGAACAGAAGGUCGUCGAUGACAUGGAUGAGAAGAAGCGUCAGGAGGAGAUCCGGGAGGAUGCAGCGGCGGUUCGUAAUAAUUUACAACCGCCGCCAAAACUCGCGGUUGACAAGGAAGAAAAGGAGCCAGUAGUCGAAGCUGGCAACUUGGAUCCACCGUUUGUUGUGAAUCCUCCCGUGCGACACGUUGGCGAACAGCUUGACAGGAGAGCAAAAGAGUCUUGGUUGAGGGUCGGACCUGGGGUACAAGAGGUCGGCGAAGAACUCAAUCGAAUUCCUGGAUUAGAUGAUGGGCAAGCCAACGGUGGUGACGAUCAGUAUGAUGGUGCCGAUUAUGACAAAGAGUCGCAGCAAAAGAACGAUAUCCAUCUGGCGGUGGGCGAGGACGAGGGGGAAGACGAAGGCGACAUGCUCGACUAUCCGCAUAAUUUGAAGCAAGGAAAGCGGGAAUAAAAUCAGCGCCAUCGUGCAAAUGUUUUUUAACGUGACUUGCAGCUGGGUGACACAGGAGGAAAUCGGCUGAAAAAUAGUCAAACGAUUUAAUCUGACCUGACCUGGUUGAUAUUCAUGAUCAUUCGGGUUUAAUCAGCGAAAAAUACUUAUUGUGUAUUAUAAUUUAUACAAAUCAUUUGACGUAUGUGUGAGAUGUUUUACGAGAAGGGAUAGCUAGAAAUUCAAUCCAUCUUUCAUACGAAAGCUCUUGUACAAGGAUUUUAGCUAAAUAUCGAUAUAUGAUAGUAUAUACACGGUACAAAUAUCGUCAAAUGUAUCCGCGCGUUCGACGGAAACUUAGGCGGUUCCGGUAACUUCGGAAGGUUCAGAUUGAACUAUUAUAAUGUAUACUUUCAAAGAAGGAAAAAAGAUAGACUGUAUUUUUCUAGAUUAAGAUCUACCGUGCACGAAUCGAGUGACUUAAUCGCGUUUAUUACUUGAAACACUCGUAACUUUGUUACAAAUGCGUUAAGUUGGAUUUAGAUUGCACUAGCAGAAUUAACUUUAUAACGCAAUGCGACACGAAAAUAUCUCAGA